CCUAGUGCCUUGUUAAGCUCGGGGGUUCGAUCCCCCUAUAAACCAAUUACCCAGCCAAAAAAAAAAAAAAAAAACCAGCGCCCAUACCAUUACCAUAUACCCCCAAACAUGAAAAGGAAAACCCUCAUUCAAUCUGAAUCUCAGCCACCACAGAUGGUGGCUGAGAAACCUUCGACACCCAAAAAAAGACCAAACCACCCUCGCUCACGGCCAUAACACGCGGCAGCUGGGGCUCGCCAAAAUUGUCAUGGUCAGUUAGGUGGCCCCAGCCCAGAGAAAACCCCCUACUGACUGCGGAUGAAAAUGAGAGGAAGAUCAAGAGAAAUCAGACGCGCUGAUUAGAUUUAUUGCUCAGGCAUAUCUAUUGCAGAUUCAUAUUACUAUGAAUAACUAUGACUACUGUUACUACUGGCCAGCUCUUAGAGCUUGCUGAAAAGAAUGUGGAACUGGCAGUUGUGGAGGAUAUGGCCGGGCAAUUUGAAGAGGCCUAUGAGCUUUAUAUGAAGGCAUUUGAGUAUGCGGGCAUUUAUCUCUUCAAUGAGAACAAUCCAUUUCUUAAGAGGCAGAAUAGGCAGUUAUUUGUGGACCAUUAUACAAGGGCAACAAAAAUAAGAGACCGUCAUCACUUACAUGGACCCCCUCUAUCUAAUGAAGCAAAAAGUGGGCUUGGUCUUACAAAGUUGAGUGAUGUGGCCGGACUUGAGGCUUGCAAAGAGGUAUUGGUUGAAGCUGCCAAAUUGCCUAUUGAGAAUCCUCAAUUUUUUACCGGAAAACGACAACCGUUGAAGGCUAUAUUACUAUAUGGUCCACCUGGAACAGGGAAGACCUAUCUAGCAAAUGCAAUUGCAACAGAAACGGGAUCAACUUUCUUUAGGUAAUAUUUAUAAUUUUACCAAUAUCAAUACAUAGCAAGCAACAGGA